AUGGCUUCAAAUGCUACCUUGAGGAUUCUGACACUCUGGAAGCUGGGAUAUUUCAUCAAAAAUUUGGACCAAAGCAAUGUGUCCAGUGCAUACUUUGCUGGGAUGCAUAAAGACUUCUUCAGUAAGAUAACCAUCAGGAGAAGACUCGAAGCUAGCUGUACAGUCUGCACAGACUGUAGCCCAGCUGUGCCAGAAGCAUCAAUAACAGAGAACAUAGAAGAUGAUGAUAGACACUCACAGAAGGAGACCACCUUAGAGGUCAUCACCAAAUGCAUAGUCAUUGGCAUUUUCUUUGACUUCAGUGGUCUUGGUGUUGUAAGGAGAGGUCUCCUCAAUGGCAGUGGUGAGGUCUUGGUCAAAGAAUGCUUGGCCUGUGUGUUGUUUAGUGAUCGGAUGAAAGAGGAAGCAAUAUACACUGUCCUUGAGGAGCUGUCAGUCUAUGAAGGAGAGGAGUAG